AUGUUGGGUGCCGAUACAGUUGGUAUGUCGACUGUACCGGAAAUCAUUGUGGCACGGCACUGUGGCAUGAAGGUACUUGCACUGAGCCUGGUGACGAAUAACUGCGUCUUGUCACCGGCUCCUCGUGGCGAUGACCAUCUGCUUCAGAAGUCGACGGCAGAAGAGCUCAACGUGAUCGUCGAUGAAGGCAAGGCCAACCAUGAGGAAGUGCUGGAAGCUGGUCGAGAGGCUGCGUCAGACAUGCAGAAACUUGUCUCGCAAGCUGUUGAGGACAUGUUUGCUCAAUGA